AGUGAUUUAUGACCCCCCAUAAAACAAUGAUUUAUGACCCUCAAGGUCAAAGGUCAAUGAUUUAUGACCCCUCAAGGUCAAAUGUUAAUGAUUUAUGACCCCUCAAGUUCAAAGGUCAAAGUCAAAGAUCAGGUUCAAAGGUCAGGUUCAAAUGUCAAGGUCAAGUGGGUGUGGCUUACCCGGAAGAGGGUGGAGUUAAGACCUGCGGUGGGAGUGGUUAAACCAGGAAGAGGGUGGAGUUUUAAACAGAAAGAGGGCAGAGUUAAGACCUGCGGUGGGAGUGGUUAAACCAGGAAGAGGGUGGAGUUAAGACCUGACAGGGAACAGAGGAGGGUUCAGUUUUUUUAAGAAAGCAAUGUCAUCUGAGCAGCAUGUGACCAUAUAUUUGAUAGUUUAAAUGUUUACGAUCGUUUGAAACAACUUCCAGAUUUCGAUGUAUUGAUGGCUGGGAAUGUUACGUGUGGAGAUGUGGACACGCACGCACUUCACACACACACACACACACACACACACACACACACACACACACACACACACACACACACACACACACACACACACACACACACACACACACACACACACACACACACACACACACACACACACACACACACACACACACACACACACACACACACACACACACAUUCGUACGCACUGUUAUUACCAUGUUAUUAGACAUUGUCUUAGUCAUUAUUUGGAGCUUUAUACGUUAGCGUAAAGACUUUGUUCGAUUCGGUCAUGAUUAGUGAAACGCCUGUUUCGAUUGAUAAAAAUAAUAAAACUUACAUUGACGCUCCGCAAAAAAGUCGAGUGUUUCUAAAUCGUAUUCAGUUUUCAGCUAAAAGAAAGAAGAGACGGAAGCCCUUUCUCGAUAUUUUCAUCGUUAUCUACCGUGGAUUGGGAAGUUUUUGGUGGACACGCACACACACACGCACACACACACACACACACACACGCACGCACGCACGCACGCACGCACGCACGCACGCACGCACGCACGCACGCACGCACACACACACACACACACACACACACACACACACACACACACACACACACACACACACACACACACACACACACACACACACACAUUCGUACGCACUGAAACAACUUCCGUACCUCACGAAAACAUAUUUAAACAGAUGGAAAAAACUAUCGCAGAACACAGUGUCACGUAGCAACUGGUCUUUACGGUCGUUUGAAUCAACAGGUCAGUUUGGGGGACAAAAGGAGGGUUCAGUUUUUACUGACUUCCCAUCUGACAGUUUAAAUGUUUAUGACCGUUUGAAUCAACAGGACACGCACGCACACACACACACACGCACGCACACACACACACACACACACAUACACACACACACGCACACACACACACACACACACACACACACACACCAUUACCUCUGCUUUACCAUGUUAUUAGACAUUGGUUUAACUCCAUUUAAGCAUUUAAACGUUAAAAGCAUUGCACUUGUACGACGUUGUAAUACUUUUUUUUUACCAGCCGAUGACGACGAAGUGAAAGACGAUGAACUUUGCUUAAACAGUCUUACAAAGUUGGAAGAUGAUUAUCGAGGUGUGUUUAAACCUUCGAAUUAUUUAAUAUUGUGUGUAUUCAUUAUUUUGUUUUAUAGAGGAUUUGCCGUAAGAUCCUAACGCGAUCGUUUUAACACAAUCGCAGUCUGGUGAGUCAAAUGAUUCUCAUUUUACAAGAAAAAAAACAUGCGGUAUACGAUACAUAUAUACAUAUAUUUACUUACAUCUCCGGCUCGCUGGUCUCCCUUAAAGCUGGCGGGUCCGUCAACGGCCGUUCCAGGCAGAGGAGAAGGCUUGAUUGUGCCAAAGACUCCAGACAUCGAAUCCUUGCUCCGAGGGGAAAUCAUCGAAAACGACGGUGAAUGUCCGACAGGCACCCGCUAUUGGUAACACUGGACAAGUCGGAUAUCCUUGCUUGGAUCCUUUUAAAGUUGCCCGAUAAACUGCUGAGAGUUGAUCUCUCCUCUUGUCCAAAGGUUUUUCGUUCAUUUUUACUUGUAAUACUGGCACUAGGGUUGAUGUAGUAGCUCCACAACAUAACCUUAAAGCCUGUGACUGGAUCCGGUCUAUUUUCCCAAGUCAUGUUUUUGAAGCAGAUUGGUAAAUAAUGCAUCCGUAAUCAAUAACAGAUGGAAUUAAAGUUAUAAA